GCAGAAGCAGCGUAUCUUUGAGCAUCAGAUGGCCGCUGAAGCCCGAUGGAAAUAUCUUUCUUUGAACCCACUCUCCCCUCCUUCCCUCUUCCUUCGACGAGGGAGCGUUGUAAAAACAGGGAGAGCGAGGGCACAGUGGGAGGCGGAAAAGGCACGAAGGGAGAAGAAGAGCUCAGAAAAUAAUGGAUUCACUCGUUCUCUCGGAUGCCCUUCUCCCCUCUUCUUCCUUGGGUUUGGCGCCCUGCCUUCCCCUUCUCCGCCGAGGAAUCCUUUCGACGCCUCGCCUCGCCAUCUCACGGCGAACCCUCAGAGCGGGUCUCACGGCGGCAUCCGGCAGGCCCUCCGCCAUGGCCAAGAACGGGGCCUUGAUGAACGAUUCUACGUCGCAAAGCAAUGGCGUUUAUACAGUUGGAGAUUUUAUGACUAAAAGGGAAGAUUUAUACGUUGUAAAGCCUGCAUCUUCGGUUGAUGAAGCAUUGGAGAUGCUAGUAGAGCAUAGGAUAACUGGCCUUCCUGUGGUUGAUGAUGACUGGACGUUGGUAGGUGUAGUUUCAGAUUAUGAUUUGUUAGCACUGGAUUCCAUAUCAGGGAGUGGACAGCCUGAUACAAGCAUGUUUCCUAAGGUUGACAGUACGUGGCAAACAUUCAAGGAGAUCCAGAAAUUGUUAAGUAAAACUAAUGGUAAAGUCAUCGAUGAUGUGAUGACACCUUCUCCCCUUGUGGUUCGUGAAACAACAAACCUUGAAGAUGUUGCAAGGCUAUUACUUGAAACAAAGUACCACAGGUUUCCUGUUGUUGACAGUGCUGGUAAAUUGAUUGGUAUUAUUACGAGGGGAAACGUCGUUAGUGCAGCACUCCAAAUAAAACGUGCUAGCGAAAAGAAUUCUCAGCUAUAAGAUGGGAUGAGCUUCAAGCAUUCACCAUCAGGAGAAGACACUGAAGUUCCGACUCCAGGUACUCAGCUAUUCUUUUGGAUGGGCAACCGGAUGGUGGAAAUAUAUUGUUUUCAAAGCCAUGAAUGAGAAGCAAUUUUCAGUUGUGCUAUUUUUUAUGUAAAAUUUUUCAUGUCAUUCUUAUCAUCCAAUUUUCUUUCUGUCAUUAGCUAUAUCUCAUCUUGAUAGAUUCUUUUGGAUCAAGCAACCUGAAAGGUACUUUAUGUGGGGUUAUUCUCUCAAAUACACUUAUCGUGCAGUUAAGCUGUUGCUGUCUGUAAAUGAUCAGUUUGAGUUUAAGUGGAAUGACUUGCAGGCAAAGUAAAUAAAUGAUAACUGAGAUGUUUUGCCCCAUUUGUUCUUCAUAAGGCAUUGCAGUGUCUAUUGAGGAAUAUUGAGAGCUAAACC